AUGUCUAGUGAAAUUAAAUGUUUUUGCUGCAAAGUUGUUUGUGACGCAACAAAAGUUGUAAAUUGUAGUAUUUGUGAGAAUUCAUUUAAGCACACAUGCGUUGGUCUUACUUUCAAUGACCUGACAAGAGUGGCUAAAAAUGGGGUAGCCUACACGUGCCCCAAUUGUUUGGUUGUUAGUGCCGAAAUAAAUGAAUUACGUUCAGUUAUUGUAGAAUUGAAGAAAGAAGUAACCGAGCUGAAGGAGUCGUUAUCAACCAGAAACACUGUUACACCUUCUAAUAUUGAAGGCAUGUCACUUAAUAAUAUCGUUAAUGAAGUAUACGAAAGACAAAAAAGGCAACGUAAUCUACUUCUGUUUAAUGCCCAGAAUCCCAAGAGAGAAAUGCUCAGAAAUGAAUUGAAUCUGAUAAUCAAGUGGUCCGUAAUAUCUUAG